CAGCAGUCCCAGAGAUUGAUGCCUCCCCGAGAGAGUGACGCCACUUGCCCGAUAUCUUUCUUUGGGUUCCAAUCCGACAUUCGAUCGAAGGAAGACGCCUGCGCUUGUUGUUGUGAUACCCCAACCAUUGUUGUCAUCAAGUCGAGGUGAUUGCCUAUUCUAGCUAGCUAGCCAUCAAGAGUUCUGCACGAUCGAGAGACAAAGAGAAGAGUAUCAUAAUACCGCACAACCAGGAAACAAAGAAUAAAAACACCAUGUUCCUUUCCAUCAUCCGCCCUGCCUCCCGCUUCGCUGUCACCAAUCUUGCUCCUCGAGUAGUUGGCGGCACUUCCACUUCUGUGCGCUUUUUCGGGCUCGGAGAUGAACUCAAGAAGAAGGAGUCUGUCGAGGAAGCCCGGUACGUCCGGGAACAAGAGCAGAAGUUUCUGGAGAACAAGAAGGCAGAGAAGGCUGCUGCCGCCCAUGAGCAGGAGUUGGUUGUUUUUGAAGAAGUUGUGGCACCUGCAAUGGUCGAAUGCCAAGAAGUUUUGAAAGUGUCAGGGGACUCUGUCAGUGAUGCAGGAUUAGAGGCUCUUGCCAAGUGGAAGCUAGGAAUGAAGAAGUGAGCUACACAACUCAAUAAAAAGAGGGACACACAAUCAGCAGUUUUCAUUCGAGUUGAUGCCAGUCACCAUGCCUGUAUGAUUGAUUGAUUCAUUGAUGGAUGGAUGGAUGGAUGGAU